GGGGUAGAACUGAGAGGACCCUGCUCCUCCGCAGCAGCCACCUCCGGCCCUGGGGGUGAUCGCAGACCCCCCAGCCAGCCGAGGGGCGUGCGCCUGGGGCGCUGGCCAGGCCCGAGUGGGAUUCCCGGUACCUGCCCGCCCCGCCCGGCUCCAGGGCACCCCUGCGGGUUCACAGCCCUACGUGCUGCCCACCGCCCCCAGAUCAGGGCGUGGCCGCCGAGGGGAGGGGCCGCCGAGGGGAGGGGCCUGAGUGGGUUUAAACCGGGAGGCGCCGGGCGCAGGCGGAAGAGCGAACCGCGGAACUGCAUUCGGAGCGUUGGGGGCUCAGUCCGGGCAGGGAGCGGACAGUGGACCUCGAUUGAGUGAGUUCUGCAUGACCUCUCAGGCACCAUGAACGGCCACGCUUCUCCUCCUCUUGACGUCCUGGUCACCAGUAACACUGAGCCAGCCAUUGUCCCCAAGACCACAAAGGCCACAUUGGGAGCUGGCAUCCACUCUGGGCCUCAGGCCAAGGCAGUCAUGUCUGCCCAGGCCCAGAGCAUCGCCGGGGUGUACGUGGAGGCCUCGGGCCAGGUCCAUAGUCUCUACGCUGCCAUGAAGCAGGGUGUCCUGCCCUUUGGGCUCGGGCUGGCUCUGCUGGAGGCCCAGGCGGCCACUGGGGGCCUGGUGGGCCCCGCCCAGGGCUGGCCGCUGUCUGUGUCUGAUGCCCUGCAGCAGGGCUUGGUGGGCCUGGAGCUGAAGGAGAGGCUGCUGGCCGCUGAGCGUGCGGUCACUGGCUACCCUGACCCCUAUGGGGGUGGGAGUCUGGCCCUUUUUCAGGCCAUUGGGAAGGAGAUGGUGGACAGGGCACUGGGGUGGAACUGGCUGGAGGCCCAGCUGGCCACUGGGGGUCUGGUGGAUCCCACCCAGGGUGUGCGUGUGGCCCCUGAGUUGGCCUGCCAGCAGGGCCUCCUGGACCAGGAGGCGUGGCACGUCCUGUCAGAGUCUGGGCCCGACUCGGGUGCCCCAGGCUUCCUGGACCCCAACACGCUAGAGCAGCUGCCGUACCGCGAGCUGCUGGGGAGGUGUGUGCGGGCCCCCAGCACGGGGCUGGCCCUGCUGCCCCUCAAGACCACUUUCCGCACCCUAAGCGGAGCGGUGAGCUUGGCUGAGCUGCUGGAGGUGGGGGUCCUGGAUGAGGGGACAGCCCGAGGCCUGCGGGAGGGCAGGCUGGCAGUGCCGGAUGUGAGCACCCGCGCUGAGGUGCAGCGCUACCUGCAGGGCACAGGUGGUGUGGCAGGGGUGGUCCUGCUGCCUGCAGGCCUCAAGAAGAGCUUCUUCCAGGCUGUUGCCGAGCACCUGCUCCCCAUGGGCGCCAUGUUCCCACUGCUGGAGGCUCAGGCUGCCACCGGCACCCUGGUGGACCCAGCUACUGGCCGACACCUGUGGGUGGAUGAGGCAGUCAGGGCAGGCCUGGUGGGCCCAGAGCUCCACAGGCAGCUCCUGGCGGCAGAGCAGGCAGUGACAGGAUACCAUGAUCCCUUCACUGGCACCCGCAUCCCCCUCUUCCAGGCCAUGAAGAAGGAGCUGGUAGACAGGCCUCUGGCGCUGAGGCUCCUGGAUGCCCAGUUGGCCACAGGUGGGCUCGUGUGUCCUGCCCGCAGGCUCCGGCUGCCCUUGGAGGCUGCCCUGCGCUUUGGUUGCCUGGACAAAAAGACGCAGCAGUGUCUCCUGCUGGCCACUGGCUUUUCAGACCCUGGCACACAGGAAAACCUCAGCUAUGGGCAGCUGCUUGCCCGCUGUGUCACCGACCCAGAAACGGGGCUGGCCUUCCUGCCCAUCUUAGUGGGGAGCUUUGGAGAGGAGCCGCAGGGACCCCCAUUCAUUGAGCACAGCACCCGGCAGGCCCUGAGUGCUGCUGUGGCCACCAUCUCUGUGGGCAAGUUCCAGGGCCGGCCUGUGUCACUCUGGGAGCUGCUCUUCUCCGAGGCAGUCCCCGUGGAACAGAGGGUGGCGCUGAGCCAGCAGCACAGGGACGGGACCCUCUCGGUGGAGGAGCUGGGAGCUGUGCUGAGGGCCACCCUCGAGCAGGCUGCAGCCACAUCCAGGAACACUUUUGCUGGGCUGAGGGUCCCCGUGACUCCAAGAGAGCUGCUGACAGCGGAGAUCAUCAACCAAGACAUGUACGAGCAGCUGGAACGAGGACAGACCACAGCGCAGGAUGUGGGCAGCCUGGACUCCGUGCAGAGGUACUUGCAAGGCACUGGCUGUGUGGCCGGCCUGCUGCUGCCUGGAUCCCAGGAGCAGCUCAGUGUCCAUGAGGCUUGUAGGAGGGGACUCCUCAGACCCGGCACGGCCCUUAUCCUCUUAGAGGCACAGGCAGCCACGGGCUUCAUCAUCGACCCAAAAGAAAACAAGAAGUAUUCAGUGGAAGAGGCGCUGAGGGCUGGCGUCAUAGGGCCCAGCGUGUAUGCAAAGCUGCUGUCGGCCGAGCGUGCUGUCACCGGCUACAGUGACCCCUACACGGGGGAGCGGAUCUCCCUGUUCCAGGCCAUGAAGAAGGGCCUGAUCGUCAGGGAGCAUGGCAUCCGCCUGCUGGAAGCCCAGAUCGCCACGGGCGGCAUCAUCGACCCGGUGCACAGCCACCGCGUGCCUGUGGACGUGGCCUUCCAGCGUGGCUACUUUGACCAGACGCUGAAGUUGAUUUUGGCAGACCCUAGCGACGACACCAAGGGCUUCUUCGAGCCCAACACGCAUGAGAACCUCACCUACAUGCAGCUGCUGGAGCGCUGUGUGCGCGACCCCAACACAGGGCUCCACCUUCUGCCACUCACGCGCACGCGGCCCCAGCUGGUGGAUGGCACCACCAGGCAAGCCCUCCAGAGCCUGCUGUUGUCAGUGAGGCACGGGCGGUUCCGGGGACAGAGGGUUUCUGCCUGGGAGCUGAUCAACUCGGAAUGUUUCAGUGAGGAUAGGAGGCGGAGGCUCCUGCAGGACUACCGGCUGCACAAGGUCUCACUGGAGCAAGUCUCAAAGCUGCUGGAGAGAGAGAUGGAGAGGUGGGCAGAUAUCAUGCUGCCCACUCUGCGGGGCCAGGUUACUGCCUACCAGCUCCUGGAGGCCCACAUCAUUGACCAGGAGCUCCUGGACCAGGUGCUGUCGGGGGCAGUGAGCCCCGAGGCCCUGCUUUGCAUGGACAGCGUCCGCAGGUAUCUGCGUGGAUCGGGGGCCGUGGGUGGCGUGAUACUGCAGCCCUCCAACCAGCGUCUCAGCCUCUACCAGGCCAUGAAGCAGAAGCUGCUGGGGCCAGGGGUGGCCCUGGCCCUGCUGGAGGCCCAGGCAGCCACCGGAGCUAUUACUGACCCCUGCAGUCUGGAGACUAUGUCUGUGGGCGAGGCCGUGCGCAGGGAGCUGGUGGGGCCAGAGCUCUACAGCAGGCUGAGACAAGCCGAGGACGCUGUCACCGGCCUUAGAGACCCCUUCUCUGGGGAACGAGUGUCCCUUUUCCAGGCCAUGAAGAAGGGUCUUGUCUCUGUGGAGCAGGCUGUCCGCCUCCUGGAGGCCCAAGUGGCCACGGGAGGGGUCAUUGACCCCAGGGGCCACCACCACCUCCCAAUGCCCGUGGCCACACAGCGUGGCUGUAUUGACCAGGACAUGGAGGUGGCUUUGUCUAGCUCUGAGACCUUCCCCACGCUGGAUGGCCGGGGACACACCAGCUACGCCCAGCUUCUGGAGCAGUGUGUAAGGGACGAGGCAUCCGGCCUGUACCUCCUGCCCCUGCCAGAAGAUGCUCCUGCGAUCCCCACGGACAAGCAAGUCCAGGAGACCCUAAAGGCCACUCAGGGGACUGAGGACGGCAUGUCCCUCUGGGAGCUGCUGGGCUCCUGCCACUUCACUGAGGAGCAGCGGAGGGGCCUCCUGGAGGACUUCAGGGCGGGGAGGACUACGGCGCAGCAGCUGCGGGCAGCCGCGCAGAGGUGGGUGCAGGAGGCGGAGCUCCUGGCGCAGGCCCGCAUCACCCUGCCUGGCCCGCGGGGCAGGGUGCCUGCCGUCUGGCUGCUGCACGCCGGCGUCAUCACCCGGGAGACCCUGGAGGCGCUGGUCCAGGGUGCGUGGUCGCCUCUUGAGGUCGCUGAGCAGCCUGCUGUGCGGGCCUGCUUGUGGGGCACAGGCUGCGUGGCCGGGGUGCUGCUGCCGCGCUCGGGCGCCAAAGUGAGCAUUGCCCAGGCCAUGGAGGACAGCCUCCUGCCUGCUGGCCUGGGUCAGAGACUGCUGGAGGCCCAGGUGGCAUCUGGCUCUCUCAUUGACCCUCUGACCAGCCAGAGACUGUCGGUGGAAGAUGCAAUCAAGGCCGGCCUGGUGCCCGGGACAUUGAGUGAGCAGCUCCAGCAGGUGGAGAGGGCAGUGGCCGGGUACACGGACCCCUGCUCGGGGGGCUCCCUCUCCCUGUGGCAGGCUGUGGAGAAAGGGCUCAUGCCCCAGAGCGAGGGCUUCCCCCUCCUGCAGGCACAGCUGGCCACAGGGGGUGCAGUGGACCCCGUCCACGGGGUGCACCUGCCCGAGGCGGCAGCCUGCAGACUUGGCCUCCUGGAUGAGCAGACGAGCAGGGUGCUGACCUCACCAGAUGAGGACAACAAGUUCUUCUUUGACCCCAGCACGCGGGACAAGGUGACAUACGGGCAACUCAAGGAGCGCUGUGUUUCAGAUGCCAACACCGGCCUGUGGCUGCUGCCGCUCCCUGAGGACACGGCACUAGAGUGGGACAAGCACACGGCGGUGGCCCUGAGGGCCAUGAAGGUGCCUGUCAGCACAGGGAGGUUCAGAGGCCUCAGCAUGUCACUCUGGGACCUGCUACACUCAGAGUAUGUUAGUGUCCACAGGCGGCGGGAGUUGGCAGCACUCUGCCAGUCUGGGAGGGCCACAGCACUGCGGCAAGUGGUCAGCGCAGUCACUGCCCUGGUGGAGGCCUCAGAGCGGCAGCCCUUGCGGGCCGCCUUCAGAGGGCUCCGGAAACAGGUGUCGGCCAGGGACCUGUUCAGGUCCCAGCUGAUUGACAAAAAGACGUUGCAUGACCUGAAUGAGGGGAGGAAGACGGUGCAGGAGGUGAUGGAGAUGGACAGCGUGAAGCCGUUCUUGGAAGGAGGCAACUUCAUAGCCGGGGUCCUUCUCCAGGACACAAAGGAGAGGAUGAGCAUCGCAGAGGCCCUGAGGAGACACGUCCUGCGGCCCGGCACAGCCCUGGUGCUGCUGGAGGCACAGGCGGCCACCGGCUUCCUCAUCGACCCCUUGGAGAACCGGAAGCUGACUGUGCAGGAGGCAUUCAAGGCUGGGAUGUUCGGCAAGGAAACCUACCAGAAGCUGCUGUCGGCUGAGCGCGCCGUCACUGGCUACACCGAUCCCUACACUGGGGAGCAGAUCUCCCUGUUCCAGGCCAUGAAGAAGGGCCUGAUCGUCAGGGAGCACGGCAUCCGCCUACUGGAGGCCCAGAUCGCCACGGGUGGCAUCAUCGACCCGGUGCACAGCCACCGCGUGCCCGUGGACGUGGCCUUCCAGCGUGGCUACUUUGACGAGGAGAUGAGCCGCAUCCUGGAGGACCCCAGCGACGACACCAAGGGCUUCUUCGACCCGAACACGCACGAGAACCUCACCUACAUGCAGCUGCUGGAGCGCUGCGUGCGCGACCCCGACACGGGGCUCUACUUGCUGCAAGUCGUAAAGAAAGGAGAGGCAUACGUGUAUAUUGAUGAAGCCACGAAGCAAGUUCUGCAAUCCAAAACAACCACAAUGCAUGUGGGGCGGUUUGCCAAUCAGAUGGUCUCCUUCUGGGACCUGUUGACCUCUCAGUACUUCACUGAGGACAGGAAGAGAGAGCUUGUCCAGGCAUACAGAGCCCAGAACGUGAGCCUGGAGCAGUUGCUGGAGAUCAUCGUCACGACGGUCAAAGAAACAGAAAAGCAAAACCAGGUGAUCAAGGUGGCAGCCAUUGGUGGGGAGGUGACAGCUGCAGAGUUAUUCAACUCAGGAAUCAUCGAUAAAAAGACCCUGGAUACUCUGCACCCACGGGACAGUGCAGGGCAGGCCCUCCGCAACCUGGAGCCUGUAAAGGCCUACCUGGAUGGCAGGGGCUGCAUUGCCGGUGUGACCACACCAUCUACCCAGGAGGUCCUGAGCAUGUACGAGGCCGGCAGGAAAGGACUCGUGCCAGCAGCGUUCGUGGCUCACCUACUAGAGGCGCAGGCAGCCACAGGGUUCAUGCUGGACCCUCACAGCCACCAGAGGCUCUCUGUGGAUGAGGCUGUGGCUGCUGGCCUGGUGGGCGAAGACCUGCAGGAAAGGCUCCUGAUCGCCGAGAAGGCUGCCAGAGGCUAUGUGGACCCAGUGACAGGACACACGAUCUCCCUUUUCCAGGCCAUGAGGAGAAAGCUGGUGGCACAGGAGUGGGCGCUCAGGCUGCUGGAGGUGCAGGUGGCCACGGGAGGCGUCGUGGACCCGCUGCACCACCACCGGCUUCCACUUGACACCGCCUACAGACGAGGCUGUCUGCACCCAGACACCUACCCGCUCGUUGCAGACCCAAAGUGCAUGAAUAAAAGAUAUGUGGACCCCAACACACAGGAAAAGGUGACGUACCAGGAGCUGCAGGAGAGGAGCCAGCAGGAAGAGGCAACGGGCUGGGCCCUGUUCCCUGUACUUCUUAGUGGACAGCAAUGCACAUAUAUUGACAACGCCACCAUCAGAGCUCUCCAGGCCCAGCAGGUAGAGGUGACUGUGGGGAGGUUUAAGGGCCAGAGACCAUCAGUCUGGGAAUUGCUGAAUUCAGAAUAUGUGACAGAGGAGAAGAAGCGUGAGUUAGUUGUAAAGUACAAAAGAGACACAACACAUGCACUAAAAGCGGUAGUGACUAUUAUCUUCGAAAUAAUUCAUGAGACAGAAAAGAAUAGAAAACAGCUCUGGUUCACAGGGAUCAGGAGACAAAUCACGGCCGCCGAGCUCUGCGCUGCAGGCGUCCUCAGUGAGGCAACGCUAGGGGCAUUAGAGGAAGGGAGGACCACUGUGGACAAUGUGACACAGGACGAAGGAGUCAGGCGCUACCUGGAAGGCACCAGCUGCAUCGCCGGCGUGCUGGUGCCCGCCAGGGACGAGCCCGGGCGCCAGGAGAAGAUGAGCAUCUACCAGGCCAUGUGGAAGGGCGUCCUGCGGCCCGGCACGGCCCUGGUGCUGCUGGAGGCGCAGGCGGCCACCGGCUUCGUCAUCGACCCCGUGCGCAACCAGAAGCUGUCCGUGGAGGAGGCGGUGGCCGCGGGCGUGGUGGGCGGCGAGCUCCAGGAGAAGCUGCUGUCGGCCGAGCGCGCCGUCACCGGCUACACCGACCCCUACACCGGGGAGCAGAUCUCCCUGUUCCAGGCCAUGAAGAAGGACCUGAUCGUCAGGGAGCACGGCAUCCGCCUGCUGGAGGCCCAGAUCGCCACGGGCGGCGUCAUCGACCCGGUGCACAGCCACCGCGUGCCCGUGGACGUGGCCUUCCAGCGCGGCUACUUCGACGAGGAGAUGAGCCGCGUCCUGGAGGACCCCAGCGACGACACCAAGGGCUUCUUCGACCCCAACACGCACGAGAACCUCACCUACAAGCAGCUACUGCAGAGGGGCACUGUUGACCCAGUAACAGGCCUUGUCUUUCUUUCGCUUUCAUGACCAUUAUUGAAUAUUCUAGUUCAUCUUUAAGAGAUGUAACAGUAUAUGGAAAUAUUGUUUUUGUCCAAAUUUUGUGCUCCCAUUUUUCAAUCUGCAUGUUAAUGUGGACUUAACUUUUCACUCUCCUGUGUCAUGUUUUCUUGCUUUUGGUUCGUUUUGUGCUAAAUGAAAUGUGAUAGCUUUCUCAUGUUGUUUGGACUCUUUGUGUAAUUAGCGUGAAUUUUCAGUUUUUUUUGACAUUCCCACUUGACCAUUUCCAAUAAAGUGUGCUGUCUUCAGAGUGAAGAACUCCUUCUGGUCUCAGGCCUAUCACCUGACUUGGAUGUCUUAGUUUUUUAUGUGUUAUGUGUUAUAAUACGUGAAUUAAAUGCACUACUUUCAGUGAUGGUU